CGCGCCCCCGCGCCCUCCGCGUGCCGCGUCCCGGUCCGGAUCCGAGGUGCUGGUGUCUGCCCGGAGCCUGAGGUCCCGCGCGCCCAUCCGCCUCCCGACGUCACCAAUGCGACCAUGGGAACUGGCAGUGAAUAGGCGGCCUCCCUCUGCCCCCUUUAACCAGCGCCGGUUCUCAGGGGGACCCUGCAGCAGCCCCGACCACCUCCGGCGAAGCCCCCCUGCCAGACGUCAGUGGGGACGACGCGACCGCCCUCUGGCAACCCUGCUGGGCCAGGAUGAGACCCAGCCGCACCCUGCCUUCCCCCAGCAGCCGCACAUCCCUGUAGAUGAGCCCCGCGCCUACGCUCUCCCCAGCACACCGCCACGAAUGCUGCACCCGGCCGCUCACCCGCCCCACCAGAACCCAUUCAUGGUGGAUCUGCACGACCAGGUGCACCAGGGACCUGUCCCUCUCUCCUACACGGUCACCACCGUCACGACGCAAGGCUUCCCCAUCCACGCCGGCCAGCACAUCCCUGGGUGCAGCACCCAGCAGCUCCCAGCAUGCUCAGUGAUGUUCAGUGGACAGCACUACCCGCUCUGCUGCCUCCCGCCCCCGCUGAUCCAGGCAUGCGCCAUGCAACAGCUCCCCGUCUCCUACCAGACGUUCCCCCCCCUCAUCUCCAGCGACCAUUACAUCCUGCACCCGCCCCCGCCGCCAGUGCCCCCCCACCAGCCGCCCCACAUGGCGCCCCUGGGGCAGUUCGUACCUCUCCAAGCCCAGCACCCGCGCAUGCCUCUGCAGAGGAUAGACAAUGACGUGGACCUGCGAGGGGAGCAGCACCCCAUCGCCGGCUUCACGUACCCCCCGUCCCACCACGCCCCCACGCUCUCCCCCUCCGUGCCGCUGCAUUACCUCCCCCACGACCCGCUGCACCAAGAGCUGCCCUUCGGCGUGCCAUAUCCCCACAUGAUGCCCCGGCGGCUCAACACCCAGCGGUACCGGCUGCAGCAGGCGCUGCCCCCCCCGCCGCCCCCUCCGCCGCCCCCCCCGUACUACCCGGGCUUCCUGCCCUAUUUCCUCUCCAUGCUUCCCGUGUCGCCGACGGCCGUGGGGCCCACGAUCAGCCUGGACCUGGACGUGGAUGACGUGGAGAUGGAGAACUACGAGGCGUUACUGAACCUGGCCGAGCGGCUGGGGGAGGCCAAGCCGCGGGGACUCACCAAAGCAGACAUCGAGCACCUCCCGUCCUACCGCUUCAACCCCGAGAGCCACCAGUCCGAGCAGACCCUGUGCGUCGUGUGCUUCAGCGACUUCGAGGCCCGGCAGCUUCUCCGCGUCCUGCCCUGCAACCACGAGUUCCACGCCAAGUGUGUCGACAAAUGGUUAAAGGCGAACCGCACGUGCCCCAUCUGCCGGGCGGACGCGUCGGAGGUGCAGCGGGAGGCGGACUGAGGCUGGCGGGCGCUGUGCCGCACAAUUCGCUAGAGGACGAGGACGUCGGGCCAGGGGCGGGGGCCGCUGCCCGCUGCCAGGGCCUGACCGUGCGCUUACCCCCCCUCCCCAAAGCCUCUCCUCGGAUGUGGUGAGCAUUGAGCAGCCCGGGCUCCCGGCCAGCCCUCCUCCUCCGCCGGGGCUCGGGCUGGGCCGGACGCCUGCCCGCCGCGCUCCCGGGGCCCCGAAUCGUGUAGUGCCGGUGGCGGGCGGCGCGUGGCCGCGUCCUCCGCGCUCCAAAGACGCUGUCGUUGCUCCAUCACUUUCCAGGUCUUUGUACUCUGCUAGAGAACUUUUUUUUUUUUUUUUUUUCUUCCCCUUUUUUCACUUUUUUUUUUAGAUUUUUUUUUCCCCCCUUCCGUUUCCUUUCCUUUCCCGUUGGCGUUUUUGGUUUCGUGGCCGGUCGACCCGGCGGCACACGGCUCCUCCCCGCGGCGGUGCUCGCGGAGGACGCGGGGAGGAGAGAGGAGGGAGCGCCGCGGGUUGGGUGCCGGCGGCUCCCCGGGGCACAGCCGGAGGAGCCGGCGCGGCCGUGGCGGGACACCAGCAACCCGGGGCGAUGCCGGGGCACCGGCGCCCGCGCCCCGCUUCCCCCGGGGCGCCCAGGAGGGCAGUGGCGGCUGCUCCGUGUCCUUCCCAGGCGGGAGGAUGGCGGCGGCACGGCCCCAGCCGCUCUCCCCGUUCGUUCCCUCUUGGGGCCGGGGCUCGUGGCGCCCGGCGAGGCAGCCGAGCCCGGCGGGGAGCCCGGACCCUGUGGCCAUGCGGUGGCCCCCGUUAUCCCCCCCCAGCCCGGGUUCCCGCUGUCGUAACCCGAGCGAGCCCCGAGCGCCCCCGUCC